AUGCCUCUAGCAAAGUCGAAAAAGUCAAUGGGGCUCGGCAACGCCUUGAUGAAUGAUCGUUUCGGCAAAGGCAAGGGCUCCGAGAGAAAGAAGACGUCUGCGAUUACAAGAAUAAACCAUGCGACCGGUGAACAAUAUCUCGUCAACGACAAGCAAGAUGCGUCCUGGGUCAAGAUGCGCUCCGUCACGGAGCAGGGUGCCCUCGACGAGUUUCUGGCCACGGCCGAGCUCGCGGGCACCGACUUUACAGCCGAAAAGAUGAACAAUGUCAAAAUCAUCCACACCGAUCACAAAAACCCGUACCUGCUGUCGGCUCACGAGGAGCAAGCCGUUCUGGGGAAGCACAAGAUGCACAGAAACCGGCUGACGGUUCCGAGGAGGCCGAAGUGGGAUGCGUCCACAACACCGCAGGAGCUGGAUCGGAAGGAACGCGAGGCCUUUCUGAUUUGGAGAAGAGGGCUAGCCGAGCUUCAGGAGAAUAACGACCUGCUUAUGACACCCUUUGAGCGGAAUAUUGAGGUCUGGCGACAGCUCUGGAGAGUCAUUGAGCGCUCCGACUUGGUCGUCCAGAUUGUGGAUGCGCGAAACCCGCUACUGUUCCGUUCGGAAGACCUGGAAGUAUACGUCAAGGCCGUGGACUCGAGGAAGGAGAAUCUUCUUCUCAUCAACAAAGCCGACAUGAUGACGCUACGACAAAGACAGGCAUGGGCAAAGUAUCUGACGGAGGCUGGAAUCGCCUACAGGUUCUUCUCCGCCCAGCUGGCAAAGGAGUUGAAUGACGCAAGGGACCAAGACGACGAAUCGAAUGAGGCUCCCCAAGUGGCGCCGCCAACGAAAAAAUCCGGGAAGCAACCGAGGCAGGAGGAGGACUCGUCCGAUGAGGACGAAAGCGAGGACGGUGGCGAUGUGGAAGCAGAUGACGGGUACGACGUUCAGAUUCUCACAGUGGAGGAACUGGAAGACAUAUUCUUCCAGCACGUCCCUGAGGACGCAGGAGCCGAUCACAAGCUGCAGGUCGGUCUAGUCGGGUACCCCAACGUUGGAAAAUCAUCCACCAUCAACGCCCUCAUCGGCGCGAAAAAGGUGUCGGUCUCGUCAACGCCGGGCAAGACGAAGCAUUUUCAGACCAUCCACCUCAGUGACAAAGUGAUUCUGUGCGAUUGCCCUGGCCUCGUUUUCCCCAACUUUGCUUUCACAAAAGCCGACCUCGUCUGCAACGGCGUCCUGCCUAUCGACCAGAUGAGAGAAUACACAGGCCCCGUCGGGCUCAUCACCGAACGCAUACCGCAGCGCUUUCUCGAGGCUGUCUACGGUAUCCACAUCAAGAUGCGGCCCCUCGAAGAAGGCGGCACUGGCAUACCGUCGGCCGCCGAGCUGCUCCGCGCGUACGCCAUGGCUCGAGGCUUCCACACCUCGGGCCUCGGCCAACCUGACGAGUCUAGGGCCGCGCGUUACGUUCUCAAGGACUACGUCAACGGCAAGCUGCUCUUUGUGCGCCCGCCCCCGGGCGUCGAGGAUGCAAAAGAUUUCAACGGCGAGCUCUACGAUGAGCGCCAUCUUCCGGAAAAGAGACGAGCCGCGCUCGCUGCCGCCACUCAAUCUCUGUCUCUCGAUGACGACGAGUCCGCCAUGAUGGCUUUGGACCCAAUGGCUCUGCCCGCGGGACCAAAGUCCAAGAAGCUCGAUGCCGGUUUCUUCAAGCCCAAGGAGGUGCAGGGCCACUUCGGUAGACCUUUUAGCUACAAAUAUACCGAACAAGGCGCGGCCGAGGGAAGUGAGAUUGUCGGCAAGCACCUGACUGGGCGAAAGGCCAGGACGAUGAUUGCGCUGGAGAAUGGCAUUGACCCCAAGGAUGUGGGAGUCAUGUCGGGAAAGAAGCACUUCAAAGGAAGGGCAAAGAGCGAGAGGAAAAAGCACCGCGGAAUCAACAUAGUUGACGAUUAA